GAUUAGCAAGGUAUUUGAAAGAAAUAGUUUAUUUCCUUGGGAGAAAAAAGAGGAAAAAGAUUGACAACAUCUCGAAAAACAAAGUUAUUACCAUGCUCUUCCACUGACAUUUCAAAAAGUAUUUUUUAAUUGUGUAUGAAUGAAAUUAUUUUAAUCGCACACAAAAACAGUUCUUGGUGAUAUACUUUCUGCGAUCGGUCGUGAAAAAACGAAAGACAGACAUAGAGAAAAAGUUAUUGACUCCGACCGUAAAAAUGAUGAAAGAGUCGGUGAAUCGAUAAAACAAAAAAUAAAUUCACUGUACAUUAGUUCAUUCGUGGGUACGCAAAACAAUAUUUGUUUUAUUUUGAACGUAGUUGCUUUUUUUGGUUCAGUUUGUUAAUAAUUGUGUAGUUCUCUUCUGAAAGUCGAUUCAAUGGCGGCGAUAAAAACAGCACAUUUGGGUAUCCUAAGAUGGCCACCUAAAACAUUUUCAGUUAUGUGGAUAUGACAGGCGACAUAUGUACAUGCAUUUCAUGAAAAUGAGCAUUUAUGUACCCGAGUUUAUUGAGGACAAAAGGGACCGAUAAUUAAAAUUCAUUUCGAUUUGAAGUGAUAUCGUUUAGUGCAACUAAGAUACAUUGGAAACAUACAAUAAAAUCAGAAAGAUGGACUAAAUCGAAGUUUGUAAUGAAGUUAAACCAAUUAUUGAUUUAAAAAAUUAAAUCAAUCGAAACAAGCAUUUGGAUGUAUUAGUGUAUUAUUCGCUUUGGGUAAUAUUUUCGAGUUGAUAAAACCCCUAUAAAAUCAAAAAAUAUUGUAAAUAAAAAAGCACCCAAAAUGAAAAAUAAAAUCUCCCUACAAGUGACAGAUGGUCUUACAGAGACUUGAAUUUGAAGAAAUUGCUUUGGUUAAAUUCAGUUGUUAUAAUUUUGUAGCUAGUGUUACAAGGAAUAGUUUAAGUGAUUUUCGGUUGAAAUUUGUUUGUAAUUGUGUUUUCAUUUCGUCAAAUGGAUAAGCUGUUUAAUAUGAGUUGUAUGCAUUUGAUACGUUCAGUGAAUAUAUUUCACCUGCAAUAUUUGUGUUAACAAGCAGAAAUAUUCAGAAAUUAAAAUUCUAUCAUUAUAUUUCAACAUCAUACUGAGAAAAGAUUUUGUCAAAAAAAUCCAAAACAAAUCACAGCAGACAUAUUUAGUGCUAAAAAAUGGAAAUAUGUGCAUUGUGUGCGUUCGGGAAAUGGAGGUUUUUCAAUUGGGAUAAUUUGGAAUUGAAUGUAUGGACACGGAUUUUAAUAAAUAUAAUGCUCUCCUAUUUUGACCUGGCCGUUACAAUUAAAACACAUAUAUUCUUUGUGGCUUGCAUGCUUUUAUUGUGAAAUGGUCACAAUACAAAUAUAAAAAUGAAUCCAUUGCAUAAAAAAUUAAUGAUAAAUUAGUUCAAAAGAAUUCACAAAUUUUUCACACAAUAAAAAUAAUAAAAUGAUUUUCGAUGCACAAGUGCUCCAGUUCUCAAACGAAUUGAAUCUGGUAGAUGAAUGGAACAAACAUACUACAUAAAAACUUGUCAAAGAGUGUCGAACACCUGCAACCUGUCGAUCAUACCCAAAAUAAUUGAUUUGUGAACUUGUUUUUGUGCAAACUACGGGAAUUACUUGAAAUUAAACUAAAAGUCAUUAGAAACUUAUAUGCUCAAAUAGCUUUUUCGUUGCAAAUUUUUGUAACCAAAAAGAAGUUUGUUCGCUUGGUUGAAAGAAAUGCGGAAAAAGCAUCGAUAGGUUCCUUUCGCGGCAGUAAUUAUUUCAGAGGCAAACAACACAAACAAAUAAUACCGUAGAGACAUCGUGAGCGUGAAAGGAUAUAAACAUCGCAACGUGAACAAUUGUUACAUUAACAAUUGUUAGUUGCUUGUUAUGUCAUCGUCUAAUCGUAGACGAGUUGCAAGUCCUCCACGAGGUGGUGUAGGUAAGCUGCGCAUGGAUCGUCAAAGGAUUCCUGAAAGGAUUUCAGAUCCAAGCUUGCCAAUGGGUCGUCGUAAGGAAAUAGACAACGUGAUGAAAAAGGCACGUGCAAACACAAAUGACUACUGGGACAAAAAGCUGCUCGAGGUCGAGGAAAAAGAUCCUAAUCGGUGGCGUCACACUGGCUAUAAAAAAAUGUAUAUUGAGGGAGAAAGCAGUUCGGAAAGUGAUCGCGAGUCCUUUCGCUACAGCAGAGGAUCAUUGAAUCGUAACCGAUGCAGCCGAAGUAGGUCACGUACCAGGAAAUCACCUCCGAUGUCACCCCUGUCUAAACGUACACAAAGUGAUUUAAGAAGACGAUCACCACAAUCACCCAAUCAGAGGAAUAUCAGGAGAACUCCGGAAAGUAAACGUGCAUCAAAUGAAAUUCGCCGUAGAUCUCCAGUUGCAGUUUCAAGAUCGCCAUCAAAUAGCUCAGUCAGUUGUACGGAUGAUUCGUGUUCUGUGUGCUCGCCCAAAUCAAAACGUUUACGUUCAAGGUCAGCAUCGCGUACAAGACAUGUACCGGGUCGAUCAACCUCAAACUCUCACUUACGACAUAUGCCAUUAUCACCAUCCCAAAAUAGCGGUAAAAUUAAUGGUCGAAAUGGUCCCAGUUUUUCAUCGUCUUCAUCAUCGAUGAUUCUAGCUUCUGGUCAUCACAGCAAACAACGGCCGCCUAGUCCAAUGACACGUGAUGAACGACGUACGCACGAUGAUAAAUGGAAGAUCGCUAAUUCUGAUAAAUUGUUACGUGAUCGUGUUGCUACCUCGCGUGGCCAAGCAUUAGAUGAAUCGACACAUGACCCUUCGCUUAGCAAACAUUCUUUGUCUUCGCGUUUAUCAAAAAACCAUCGGACCACCUCUUUGGAUUACGUACGAUUGAAAAAUCCUACAGAACUAUCACUCUCGAAAAAGAAGUCUAAGGACAGUACGCUUCGAGCAAAAGUGAAAAUUGAGGGUGAAAAACACAAACACAACAAAGAGACCGAAAGGGAGAAAGAAUCGUCUGAUUCCGAUGAAUCCAGUAGCAGUGAAAGCAGUUUUCCAAAGUUUGCAGCCACCACUCGUUUGACGUUGUCGGAACGAUUUGGUAAAAUGGCACAAUGGAGUGUAGAUCGGAGCAAUAUGGAGAACAUGCGUAUCACAAAGUCGUCAGGGGGUGCACUGAAAGUAAUGAUAGAAGAAGGAAUUGAAUCACCCCAAGCGGGUCAACGGCGUUACAGCUAUUCUCCAGCACCUCAGGGUCAUUUUCCUGAGGAACUAGCAACGACUGCACCAACUGGUUUAAUGUCUUGGGAUGAUGUACGCGUUCGAUACGAAUACUAUAAAAGCCGUGGCUACUUACGUGACUUAGAUCUAAAGGAUUACGUUAAAUGGGAGGAUUGGUGGUACAAGUACCAGUCGUGGUUGAAGCAAGAGCGGUAUUACGAAUUCUAUGAAAGGCAGCAGAUGAGUCGGAGGCGUCGGAAAAAGAUACCCAUAACACAAAGACUGAAUUAAAACGCCAAACUCAAAUUUGAACCUAAUGUUAAUUGGCGAACGAGUACUGAUACUUUAUGUGCUUUACGGAAGCAAAAUGUAGCAAACUACAACUUUUAAAACUGGAAAUGCUAAAAUAUUAUGUGAAUAGUUUUUAAAUUGUGGUUGUGACAGACACAAAAUUAUCUCCUUUUUCCGACAUUUCUUUAAUUGACUAUGAUUUGGUUUGAUUCAAAUGAUUAGAACAGGACUCGAGAAGAUCUAAUUUUUGUAUAUAAACGUAUGAAUGUUUUUUUAAACUCACACACAAUACUUAUGUCUCAAGACGAAAUUAUUUUCAUUGUGGCGGUGCGCAAUUAAAAUGAUCCAAUUUCCAAUAAUUCAAAAAAUUUAUGAAUAAAAAAAAAUUAACAACCGAGCAAAACCAUAAAAUAUUGAAAUAAAAUUGUGGCUCAUGAAAAGAAUGCGUAAAUUUUUUGGGUUGCAGUAAUUUCAUGUUAAAAGUUCAAAUAAAAUGGUCUUUAAUUUGCAAA